AUGCCAUACCCGCAGCACAAGCAAGAUUUGUAUCAGUAUCAGAAAAUACAGCAUCGUUUGUUGGAAGCAAUAAGCCUGUCAAAUGUGGAAAUCAUGAAGUUUAACGGUAACCCUUUACACUAUCAUGAGUUCAUGGCAUGUUUUGAUAAUUUGAUAGGCUCGUCUACACUAGACACAGGGACAAAGCCCAUGAAGCUGUAUCAGUGCUGUGAAGGUGAUGUCAAGAACAUCAUACAGUGUUGUAUGGUAAUGGAUCCAGUGCUAGGAUAUCAACGCGACAGAGAAUUACCUAGAGAACGCUUUGGCAGUAGAUUUAAGAUAGGAGAAGCAUGGAUCGAACAGAUAACUACUGGUUCAGCACUUCAUGCAAAUGAUAGAACUGGACUACGCAAGUUUGCUGACGAAUUACAGGUAUGUCUUGAGACUCUUAAGGCAUUGAAUCUAACAAAGGAAAUCAGCAGGAACAGAGAGCUGGUCAAACUGGCAGAAAGACUCCCAUUUCAUCUCAAAGCUAGAUGGUUGAAAGUAGUGAGAGACAUUAGAUAA